AUGGAACCUUUUCAAAACUGUAGACAUCUUGAGAAGUAUAAGAGAAAACUGGGAAUGGCAUCUGCUAUUGCAAAUCAAAAUGGGAAGAUAUGGGUUUUUGUAGAUGAGGCAGUUCAGUGGGAUAUCAUCAUGAACACUAAUCAACAAGUUACUUUGAGAUUGAAUCAUCCAGAUAUUAGCAAAGACAUUAUAACCACUUUUGUCUAUGCUAAAUGUGAUGAUGGGGAGAGGCAAAGAUUAUGGGAGGAUUUAUACCAUUUGGCAGGACGAAUGAAGCUACCAUGGAUGGUUGGGGGAGAUUUUAAUGUUAUUAUUUCAGAGGAGGAAAAAUUAGGGGGUUUUCCAGUUACUUUAAAUGAGUGCAAAGACUUUGCUUUUUGUAUCAAUUCAUGUGAACUUUUUGAUCUGGGCUUUAAAGGAAGCCCAUUUACAUGGUGGAAUGGCAGGGCAGCUGAUGAUUGCAUUUUUAAAAGGUUGGACAGGAUUCUAGCAAACCCUUCUUUUCAAGGAAUUUUUCCUCAAAUUGAGGUGGAACAUCUUAUAAAUACAGGAUCAGAUCAUGCUCCUUUGGUUCUAUCUUGCGGAGAAAAAGUAACUAAUGUUCUUAAACCCUUUAGGUUCUUGAAUUUCUGGGUGAAGCAUUCUUCUUUUGAAGAAGUAGUACAGGAGAAUUGGAAGAUAGAUUUUGUUGGAUCUCCUUAUUUGGAUCAUCUUCAAAAGGCACAGGCAGAACUGAAAAACUACCUCAGCUUGGAAGAGCGAUGGAAGCAAAAGGAUGGUUUUUCUUGGUACACUAAAGGAGAUAGAAAUACCAAAUUUUUCCAUAAUCAUGUAAAUGGGAAGAGGAGAAGAUUGCAGAUAAACAGAAUUCUGGAUAACAAUGGCAACUGGUUGGAAUCCAAGGAACUAAUUUGUGCAGAAGCUGUUAAAUUCUUUAAACAUCAUUUCUCACAAGAAGAUGAUGCAGAUGUUAAUUUAUUACUGAAUCAUGUCCCCAGUAUGAUUUCACAUGAGCGGAACAUGACUUUAUGCAUAUACCCAACAAAGGAAGAAGUAAAACAGGCAGUUUUUGAACUUAAUGGGGAUAGCACCAGUGGACCAGAUGGGUUUACAGGAAUUUUCUAUCAGAAGUGCUAG